AUGGCUGAGAUCUUUGGUCUUGCUGUGAACGUGGCAACUGUUUUUGACUUAUUCAUCAAAGUUGGCGUGCAGUGUUCCGAGUAUUGUGCUAGCGUCAAGGCUGCGCGACCUGAGGUUCGAUCCAUUCUCAAAGAGGCCGACAGGCUGGCGGUUACUCUGGGAGAGGUCAACCGCCUCCUCGACAGCCCAAAUGGCCCCAAGGUCGAAGCGUCACAGAACAUACGCAGUUGUGUUGAGGAUUGCCGACUGCAGUGGAUGCUCCUCGUUGUCAAGCUCCAGCAGGGAAUGGAGGCUAUGAGCCUAAAAUGGCCAUUCAAGAAAGGCGAAGUGGCCGGUAUCAUCACGAGGAUGGAACGAUGCAGGACAUCCAUGUCUCUGGAUCUUCAGAUCCAUCAAGCAACACAGAUAGCUAGCGUUCAUCACGAAAUUAUCUUGGCCAAGCUUCGCACCGUAGAACGCGCAGGUUUCGAUGCUCAUUCCGACGCUGAUAACGCGAGAUGCUACCAAGGCACCCGUACCAAUCUGAUAAACCAAGUACUCGCGUGGGUUGAUUCCGACAAUAGCAAGACCAUAUUCUGGCUGAAUGGCAUGGCUGGCACUGGGAAGUCUACUAUCGCGAGAACAAUAUCCCAGGAGCUUGCAGAUAAGAACAAACUCGGUGCCAGCUUCUUCUUCAAGCGUGGCGAGGGCGAUCGCGGUCGUGCGACAUUUUUCUUCCCCACGAUAGCUACUCAGCUUGCACGUCAGAUACCAUCAUUGGCCCCGUUCGUGCGUAAUGAGGUCGAGGCCGAUCCUUCUAUCAACAACAAGGCCCUCAGCGACCAGUUCGACAGUCUCAUCGUGAAGCCGAUACAGCGGCUCCCCAAAGCCUCCCAGCGGCAAACUCUGGCCAUAGUUGUUGACGCACUUGACGAGUGCGAUUACCUUGACAAUGUGAAGAGAAUUAUUCACCUACUGUCCCAGGUGAAGAACUUCUCACACAUUUGCCUAAAGGCUUUUGUCACCAGUAGGCCUGAGUUGCCUAUCCAACUUGGUUUUAAUGACAUUGUCGGCGAGUACACGGAUCUGCUUUUGCAAGAUAUUCCUAAACCAAUUAUCGAAAAUGAUAUCACGGUUUUCCUGGAGCACGAACUUGCUGUUAUCCGGCUGGAUUACAACAAAGCGAGGCCAAAUCGGCCGUUGCCACCUAGCUGGCCUGGACCGGAGCAAAUCCAGAGGCUUGUUGAAAUGGCUAUUCCUCUCUUCAUUUUUGCCGCCACCGUCUGCCGCUUUAUCCAGGACCGAAGGCUCGGUGGUCCAAGAGACCAGCUGGAAAGAAUCUUGAAGCGCCAGGGAGAUCAGAAGUCUAAACUCGACGCAACCUAUCUUCCCGUCCUUGAUCGGCUUCUUGCGGGGCUGAACGGGUCACAGAAGAAUGAGGUAGUAGGAAAAUUUAAGAAAAUUGUUGGCUCUAUUGUCAUCCUCGGUAGUCCUCUAUCGUCAUACUCGCUCGCUCAGCUCCUGGACAUCCCUCUAGACGCCAUCGAAGACCAGCUAGACUACCUUCACUCCGCCCUUCGAAUACCCCUGGAUUCAAAUGAACCAGUACAGCUGCUCCAUCUAUCCUUCCGCGACUUCCUCGUCGAUCCUGAGAAAGGUGGGAGGCCAGAAGAGUUUCCGUUCUGGAUUGACGAGCACCGGACCCAUUCCCAGUUGGCACUCGACUGUCUAAGGCUACUUUCUACGGGAACCGCCCUCAAGCAAGAUAUCUGCAACCUAAAACACCCAGGAAUGGCUCGAACUGAGGUCGAUCAGAAGACCAUUGAUGCCUGCUUGGCGCCUGAAGUGCAGUAUGCUUGCCGCUACUGGGUGUUUCACUGGAAGGGGAGCAAGCAGACGAUACAGGAUGACGACCAGGUUCACAGAUUUCUAACUUCUCAUCUCCUUUGUUGGCUUGAAGCUUUGAGUCUCUUGGGGAAUAUGUCAGAGAGCCUGCUAAUGAUAAACGAUUUGGUGGAACUACUUCAUGAUUCAAAUAGCUGUGAAAUAGAACGCUUUCUCCGCGAUACACAAUGUGUUAUAACCAGCUAUGGAUCGGUCGUUGACUCCCGACCCCUUCAAAUCUACUGUACAGUAACUGUCUUCGCGCCUUAUCAAAGCAUUGUCCGAAGGACUUUCAGCCAUUUAUUUCCAAAUUGGAUAUCGUCGCCACCACAGGUAGAGUCCAGCUGGGGCGCAUGUCUAGCAACGCUCGAGGGUCACAGCGCUGGUGUUCAUACAGUUGCAUUCUCGCCAGAUUCAAGCUGGCUUGCAUCGGGUUCAGAAGAUCACACAGUCAAAUUGUGGGAUGCAAAAAUAGGUGCCCUGAGGACGACACUCAAGGGACAUAUUGGAAAAAUCCUCGCUAUCGCGCCCUCACCAGACUCAAGUCAGAUUGCAUCAGUGUCAGGCGAUGGAACGGUAAAGCUUUGGGAUACGACAACAGGCGCUUGCAUCACAACAUUUGAUAUCAAAUCUUUUAUGGUUUCAGUUGCUUCUUUCUCACCCGACCUACGUUGGCUCUCAUGGCCAAGGCUAUCCAACGGGGAUUUGAAGUUGUGGGAAAUCGGCCCAAGCCACGAUACCGUGUCACUUGAGGGCCAUAUAAAACCAGCCCACGCGAUUUCGUUUUCAUAUGAUUCAAGCCGUCUUGCAUCAGGUUCGGAGGAUCGAACGAUAAAACUAUGGGAUAUUGAAGCUGGCAUUAAUCUGGCAAAAUUUGAAGGACAUAGUGGCCAUAUUUUCUGUGUCGCAUUUUCGCCGAACUCACACUGGCUUGCAUCCGGUUCUGCUGAUAGAACUGUGAAGCUAUGGGACAUAGGAACAGAGGCCUGUGUCGCAACAUUCGAAAGCCAUCGUGACUAUAUCAGCAGCGUUGCAUUCUCUCCUGGCUCUAACUGGCUUGCAUCAUCUUCCGAGACUAUAAAGCUGUGGGAUAUAGAAACAGGCGUCUGUAAAGCAACAUACGAAACCCCAGGCGGUAUACCGUCUACGAUCGCUUUCUCUCCUGACUCGAACCGGCUUGCAUCAGGAUCAACUAGCAACACUAUAGGGCUUUGGGAUAUGAUACGCACUUAUAAUGAGGCACUUGAAAACCACACUGUUAAAGUGUCUAUUAUGGAGAUCUCUCCAGACUCGAGAUAUCUUACAACACUGGCAUCAGAUAAUACAAUAAGUUUAUGGGACAUAACGGGUGCCUUUAUAAACAUAUUUAAGGGUCAUAAAGAUACUGUUUCCUGUAUUAAAUUCUCCCAGGACUCAAAAUGGUUUGCAUCAGGCUCACAUGAUAGUUCUAUAAGAUUAUGGGAUAUUGCUGGGGCCUAUAGAGCAACGCUUCGGGGCCACUACGCGAGCGUUUCUCGUAUUGCAAUAUCUCCUGAUUCAAGCUGGCUUGCAUCAAUCUCAAAAGACAAAACUAUAAAAGUCUGGGAUACAGCGACAGCUACCUGCCUGGCAACUGUUAGAGAUUCCAUUGAUCAUUUACUCUUAAUAAGAAUCUCACCGGAUUCAAGGUGGUUUGCAUCAGGGUUAGUUCAUGGUAGAGUGAGGUUGUGGGAGAAUACAGGCGCCGGCAUGGUUACACUCAUAGGUCAUCAUAGGAUGAUCUGCGCGAUUGCAAUCUCUUCGGACUCGAAGUGGGUUGCAUCAGCCUCAAGAGAUAAAAGCAUAAAGUUAUGGGAUAUGACAGGCGCAUGCACAGCAACACUCGAGUGCCCCGUCAACGAUAAUUCUUGUCUUGCAUUCUCGCCGGACUCGAACUGGCUCGCAUCAGCCUCAUUUGGCGAAACUUUGAAGCUCUGGGACACAGCGACUGGUGCUUGUGUAGCGAACAUUGACUACUACAUGACAAAAGAACUACAUCUCGAAUUCAGUCGAGACGGUUCCAAGAUUUACAUGGGUACAGCUGCAUUUACCCUUGCAGACUAUAUAUCACCGUCGGUGUCAGGGGCAGAUGCUGGUCUGCGAGAUGAACGCUGCGAUAUUGGAGUAAGCCUAGACGGCAACUGGGCGACUUGCAACUCUCGCAAUAUUCUGUGGUUGCCGCCGACAUAUCGGUCUCGUGGCUUGCGUGUGGUAAAUUCGACAUUGGCUUCCGUGCGUGACGAUCAUGAUGUCUUUACUAUAACCUUCAGAUCUGCAACGGCUAUUGAGUCAUGA